AUGUAUGUUGUGAUGUCUGAUCGCAAAGAGAUUCUGUCGAUAUCAGCAGUAGCAUCUGUGCGAAAGAGAUUCGAAAAAGCUGCUGUUGGCAAACGUCGCGAAUUCGAAGAAUCCUACGCGUUUCUUAUUGAUAAUGACACUCAAGUACUCGAUAUCUGUCAAAACGGUUAUCACUGCACAGAAACUUCGUUCAACAAUAUAUCUAAGACAGGAAUAAUCUUCGUUUUGAACAAAAUUCUCUGCCUUUGUGAUAAACAUUGUGUAUCUAACCUUGAAAAUCUAAUGCUAACUCUUACCCGACAUAGUAAAUAUGGCAUCUAUGUUUGUAAACAUGCGGAUGUAUGCAUUCGACAUGCGAGUGUUCGUCGAACAUGGGAAGGAAAUGUGGUUAUCAAAAUGAUUGUCUUCAAGAUUGUGGAGGGAAAACAAACGGCCGCACUUGUACGAAAAGGACCGAAAUUACAGCCGAUUGCACCCACACCUCAAUUUACGAGUCACUGUUCAGUGAUUACACCGAAAGAAACAGAUGAUUUGGAAAAACAAUUUGAUCAGUCUCAGAUAUUUCUAUACGAAUUUGAAGGACGAGAAACAAUUAAACGACCAUUUCACUGUUUACCUUAUGCUGUUGUCAGUCUCAUUCAAGAUGGAAGUCAAUGGCCAGCUAAUUUUGAUGACUUAGAUGCAGAUCCGGAUAUACUAGAUACAGAUACAUUACGAGUGAUUGGUCUAACUGAUGAUCCAUUGUUACAAAACAAAAUGAAAGAAAAUAUCGAAUUAGCUGAAGCAGCAACACGUGCUCUUGAGCAUGUGUACGAAGAAGAACCGACACCACCUGUCACAACCACUGCUGAACAAUCAGCUUCACCAGAAACAAGUUCGGAAGGGAAUUCAACGACUGUAACAUCAGAUAAUGGUACAUCUACGAUUAUGAAUGGAACAGGACAAUCAGGUUCACCGACAACAAUGAAUGAAAAUGCAUCAACAACAUCGUCGUCACCAACGACCGGAUUGUCAACGCAGAAUAACAAUAGCAGUGACCUUUCAAUUAAUUCUUUCGUUCCACCUCCUCCACCACCGCCUCCCUUGUCGACCGAAUCAUCAAUGUCAGCAUCUACUAGUCCAAAUACUACAGCUCCAGCAACAGCUGUAGCUACUACUCUACCAUUAGCUCAUUCCGCAGCAGCUAUCCAAGCUGCUUAUCGCCAAACAAGUUUACUCGGUGCGCUUCCAACAGCAGGCGCAAUUCGAACAGCUUCAGGUGCUAUUUAUGCUACAUCAGGCGGCCUAGCUAAUGGUCUUACUGGCCAGGUUAUCUAUGGUGGCAUUCCAAUGGAUGCUUUACGUGGGUAUCAAACAGCAGGCGCCGCUGGUAGUCCAAUUGCAUUUGCUACACAUGCUGGUCAAACAAUGCAACAGUCAGCGCUGUAUGCUGCACAAAUACAAGCCCUUGCCCAGCAGCAGCAGCAGCAACAACAGCAGCAGGCAGCACAGUUGGCCAUGGUCGUUGCGGCCCAACAGCAACAGCAACAACAACAACAACAGCAGAAUGUAAUAGGUGGUAUUCCUGCUGGUUAUACACUUGUGCGCACAGCUACCGGAGGCUAUGCUCUACUUGCUCAAAGUUCUGCGGCAACUGCUGCAGCAAUACAAACUCAAGCUCAAACUCAACUUGGACAACAACAGUUUAUUUCCAUCAAUGCAGCAGGUCAACCGACAGCUACACGACUACCCGUUGCCAUGGUGGGUGGUCAAUCUCCGCAAUUUAUCUAUCAAUAUGCUGGCCAACCAACUAUUCAAGCCGGUCCAACGCAAUACAUUCAACUGCCAGCUAAUUAUGCACAACAACAAGGACUAUCAACAAGUCCUGUGCUUCAAACAGCCAACUCUUCGGCUCCACAAGCUUAUAUAAGUCAAUCACCUGCUCACUAUAUCGGUGCACCUCAGUCAGCAAGUACAACAAAUUCGGCAGCAAAUCCAGCUACUGUUGUUUCUUCUUCCUCGACUUCUUUCUCUUCAUCAGUCGUUCAACCACAACAAACGUCAACAAUAAUUUCGCCACAGAAACAAAGUGCUGCAUCAGCGACUGCUGCCGCUCUUCAGCAACAAUAUCAGUAUGCUUAUCAAUCACAACAACAGCAGCAGCAGCAGCAGCAGCAACAACAACAACAUCAACAACAACAAUCAGCGAAUGGUGGUACUGCAAAUAAUAUCUAUUAUACUACUAUGGCUCAAGCACAAGCGCAGCAACAGCAGCAGCAAAUGAAUCUCUUAUCUCAGUUACAAUAUACAACUCAACAAGGCAUUCCUCAGCAAGUGUACUAUGCACCGGCAGGUGGUCAAGCGAUUUAUCAAGCUGGCGGUCAAAGUUACGUUCUUGCUCAAGCGAGUUCAACACCAGGAUCGGUCACAACAACUGGCGCGCCCGUGAUGUAUUCUGCCGGUCCUACUCUUCACAAUGGUACUACACAACAACAUGUAUCUCAGUCUCAGCAGCAGCAACAACAACAACAACAGAUUGCCUAUCAAAUCGCCGCUUCUGGUCAAUCGGCUGGCACUGCGUAUCAGAUGAUCAAUCCAACAGCCAACUCAACACUUACGACAUCACAACAAUCGAGCGCAGGCCCUGGUGUGGUUGCACAACAGCCUGCUCAACUUGUUCAACGUUCGAACAUCCUCUCUCAAGCCCGACACCAUCCAUAUCGAAGCUAA